UUCUCCCAAACUCUUCUUAGAAUUUUCUUGACAUGUCCUUUUAUGACACUUCUGAUUGGGAAGAAUUUCCCUUCCGCUUGUCUCUCUUACACACAUUCUCUUACCUCACUGAUAUGUCACCAACAUUUUCCCUCCUUUCAUCAGGACAGACAUUGUACAUUAAGAAACCUUUACAGUCUUUUAGUAUUCCAUUAUGAUUUUUAUUUCAAACAGAAAAGGCUUUUCUCAGUAUCCAUUGGGCCCUUAAUGCCUGGUUGUAAAGUGUUGGUUGUGACAGAAAUAAAGGUAAUAUGUGUGUUUUUUUUUUUUUUAAGAGAAAUCCCAACUUUGGUUCAGUUUUCUCCUCUUGGUUGAGGAAGGUUGGACUAGACAUAUUUUAGAAUCUCAGCUCAAAAUCUUGUGCCUUUUGAUGGUUUAGGAGUUGGUGACCUUCAAGGAUGUGAUGGUGGACUUCACUGAGGAGGAGUGGGGGCUCUUGGAUCCUACUCAGAAGGAGCUGUACAAGGAGGUCAUGCUGGAGAAUGUCCAGAAUCUGCUGUCCCUGGAUGUAGAGCCCAACAUUGAAAGGAAUGAGAUGACUGGAAAGAAGGGACUUUUGGUGGAAGAAUGUAUCCUGCAAAGAUUCAUGAAGGAUGGUCCCUGUGCCUUGACUUUGAGGGAAAUCCAUGCCUCUAAAAUCCAAGUAGAUAAUCCAAACACUGACUGUGAAUUGGACGAAAUUAGAAAGAGAUUCGGACGAUCUUCUUUCCUAAAUCCGUAUAAGAAAAUGAAUUCUGCGAAGAACUGCCUUCUGGAUAGUGUAUAUCAGAAAUGUUUUCCUAAACUGGAAGAGCUUUUUCAUUCCCAGGAAAAGCCUGCUGAAAUUCAAAUGAAUCCAGGUAAUCAAUGGGAAAUGGCUUUCAGCAAGAGCUCAGACCUCACUAGACUACAGAAAAAUGCUAAUGGAAAAAUGGUUUGUGUAGGUAGUCAAGAUGGAAAGGCCUUGAGUCAGACCUCUAAGCUCAUUACUCAGCAGGUAAUUCAGAUAAGAAAGCAACAGGAUGAAUCUAGUGAAUGUCAAGCAAUGUCAUCCCAUCAUUCAUCUCUUCCUUACCAAUAUUCCAUUGACCCUGGAAGGAAAAAACCUUUACUUGGUGAGUGUGGGAAGGUCCAUAGUUGGAACUCAGACCUUGAUAGACCUCAGAAGAUUCAUCCUGGAGAGUUUUAUAAAUAUAAUGAAGGUAUGAAGAUCUUCAAACAGCGAUUCUUUCUAUCUGUACCUGAAGGAAUCCACACUGGUGAGAAUCCUUUUGAAAAUAAUUACUAUGGAAAGACUUUUGCAUCUAGUUCCACUCUUACUAAGCAUCAGAGAAUCCAGACUGGAGAAAAACCUUUUAAUUGUAAUCAAUUUGCAAAGUUUUUCACACAGAGUGUCAGUGUUGCUGAACAUCAGAGAAUGCCUACAGGAGAUAAUUUUUAUGAAUGUAAUCAAUGUGGAAAGGUUUUUAUAAAGAGAUCCAGUCUUGCUGUACAUCAGAGAAUCCACACAGGAGAAAAGCCUUAUAAAUGUAAUCAUUGUGGAAGGGCUUUCACAUGGAAGGGAGAUCUUAACAGGCAUCAAAAAAUCCACACUGGAGAGAAACCUUUCAAAUGUAAUCAGUGUGGAAAGGCUUUCAUAAGAAAUUACAUGCUUGUAGAACAUCAGAGAAUCCACACUGGGGAGAAACCUUAUAAAUGUAAUCAGUGUGGAAAGGCUUUCAUAAAGAGUGCACAUCUUGCUGUACAUCAGAAAAUCCACACUGGAAAGAAACCUUUUAAAUGUAAUCAAUGUGGAAAAGCUUUCACACAGAGUUCCAGUCUUAGUGUACAUCAGAGAAUCCACACUGGAGAGAAACCUUAUAAAUGUAAUCAGUGUGGAAAGGCUUUCAUAAGGAGAGCCAGUCUUGUUUUACAUCAGAGAAUCCACACAGUAGAAAAGCCUUUUAAAUGUAAUCAAUGUGGAAAGGCUUUCAUAAGAAAUUACAUGCUUGUAGAACAUCAGAGAAUCCACACUGGGGAGAAACCUUUUAAAUGUAAUCAUUGUGGAAAAGCUUUCAUAAGAAAUUACAUGCUUGUAGAACAUCAGAGAAUCCACACAGGAGAAAAACCUUUUAAAUGUAAUCAGUGUGGAAAGGCUUUCACGUACAGUACCAGUCAUGCUUUACACCAAAGAAUCCAUACUGGAGAGAAACCUUUUAAAUGUAAUCAAUGUGGAAUGGCUUUUAGAAAGAAUUUCAAGCUUGUAGAACAUCAGAGAAUCCACACAGGAGAAAAGCCUUAUAAAUGUAAUCAAUGUGGAGAGGCUUUCAGAAAGAGAGACAGUCUUGCUUUACACCAGGAAAUCCACACCGGAGAAAAACCUUAUCAGUGUAAUCAAUGUGGAAAAGCUUUCACAUGCAAGGGAGAUCUUAGCAGACAUCAGAAAAUCCACACUGGAGAGAAACCUUUUAAAUGUAAUCAAUGUGGAAAGGCUUUUAUACGGAAUUGCAGGCUUACAGAACAUCAGAGAAUCCACACAGGAGAAAAACCUUAUAAAUGUAAUCAAUGUGGAAAGCCUUUCAGAAAGAGAGAUAAUCUUAUUUUACACCAGGGAAUCCACACAGGAGAAAAGCCUUAUAAAUGUAAUCAGUGUGGAAAGGCAUUCAGAUAUAAUUUCUAUCUUACAAAACAUUGCAAAAUCCACACGGGAGAGAAACCUUAUGAAUGUAAUAAAUUUGGAGACUCUUUCAGAAGAAAUUAUGUACUUGCAGAACAUCACAGAAUCUACACAGAAGAAAAGCCUUAUAAAUGUGUUCAAUGUGGAAAGGUUUUCACAGGCAAAGGAGCUCUUAGCAAACAUCAGAAAAUCCACAGUGGAGAGAAACCUUUUAAAUGUAAUCAAUGUGGAAAAGCUUUCAUAUAUAAUUACAGUCUUACACAACAUCAGAGAAUCCACACAGGAGAAAAGCCAUAUAAAUGCAAUCAAUGUGGAAAGGCUUUCAUAACCAGUGGAAAUCUUGCUGUACAUCAGACAAUCCAUACGGGAGAAAAGCCUUAUAAGUGUGAUCAGUGUGAAAAGGCUUUCAGAUGUAAUUACACUCUUGUAGAACAUCAGAGAGUACACACAGGAGAAAAACCUUAUAAAUGUAAUCAAUGUGGAAAGGCUUUCACAUGCAAGGGAGUUCUUAACAGACAUCAGAAAAUCCACACUGGAGAGAAACCUUUUGAAUGUAAUCAAUGUGGAAAGGCUUUUACACGCAGUGCUAGUCUUGUAAAACACCAGAGAACUCACACUGGAAAGAAUCCUUUUGAAAGUAUUCAAUGAGGAAAGCCUUUCACACAAAGAGUCAGCCUCAACAUCACAGUAGCGACACUGGAGAGAAGUGUUUUCAAUGUGUUCCAUGUGGAACCAUUUCGUUCUCAUCUCCAUUUUAGCUAAAUGUUAGACACAAUAGGACAGGAAAUAUUUAGCUCCCUAAGAAUCUCCCCUAAAACAUAAAGUAAAAUUCUCAUAAUAAAUUUUGUGCAGCAAAAGUGACCAAAACUCCAGAAGUUGUCCAGCCCUUAACAGGAUCUUAGGAAGGACCUCAUCUCCUCCUGACCCAAAUGAAUGACUAGGCACUAUAGGCAGUCUCUGCUACGUUAGCCAAGAGCAAGCCUGGGAGCAGUUGGGUUAGGCUGGGGUUUCAGCCUCCAAAGUUUUCACUCUAGCACAGUGAACUGUGAACCUGGUCAGGUAAUUGAAGGAGAAGAGAAAAGGGCCCUGUUCUAGAGAAAACUUCUCAGAUGAAGAUCUCAUAUCUCAAAUACUCAGAGACAGGAACACGUAGUUUCUGAUGACAAAAUUAAAACUUUCCAGCCAUAUGAGAACAUAUUCUAAUUUAUUAUUGAUGAGGGAAAUACAAAUCAAAAACACCAUUUUGAAUAUUACAUUCAGGUCAAUACCUUGUUGCUGAAAUGAUGAAGUGAUCCAUUUAAUUUGGAGAACAAUAUGUAAUUAUGACGAAAGAGUUAUAAACCUGUGUAUACUCUUUCACUCCAAAAUCCACUAUAAGGUCUGUUUGCCAAGAUAAUUAGAAAAAAAAGAAGUCAAUUUAUUCGUUUUGAAAGAUUGUUAGCUGUCUUUUGGCUGAGAAAGAACUAGAGACUGUGGAGAUGCCAUCAAUUCAUGAAUGGCUAAAGAGGAAUGGAAAAUGACCUAAAAUCUAUGGUUAAUAGUUUCAACAGUGGUUGAUGGUGGUGGGUUGAGAACUUUAUGAAAAAGUUCAGGCCAUCUCUUCCAUUAUAUCAUUAUCACUAAUCAAUGUAGCUCCAUCAGCAUUGUUAGCUCUUUGGUACAUAAAUAGUCUUCAGGGCAUCAUAAAAGAACUUUGGAUUGUUACACUCAAUGUAAAAAUGUAAUUUAUCUAUCUUUAUGUACUGGGCCAAAAAUCCAACAUGUCUGUAACCUUUGCUUAUAUUUUUGGGAGAGUUAAACAAUGCCUUCCUAGAGAUGGAUGACCUAAAUUACUUGUAAUCUUGUAGAAUUCUCAUUUUUCAGUUAAUACCUUCUGAAUUUCCCCAUUGUUUUCAUCAAACCAAUUUGGAUGUUUAUUUUUUCCCUGGUGAAUAAAUAGGAAACUAUCCAACAAA